AUGAAGGGAAUUGUGUAUUUAUUCUUUAUUAUUUCGAAUUUGUGCGAGCGAUAUGUAAUAGCAGAACAUGAAGAAGAUGCGUCUACGGAUUUAUACGUGAUUGAAGGAAAAGUAUUUCCCUGGGAUAAUACGGCAUCCACUGGAUGGCAACUCAUGACACAUGUAAUGGCUAACGGUGGUGAACAUUAUGGUUUUUUAAGAGAGGAUGGCACAUUUAUCAUUACGAAUGUCCCAUCAGGUUCCUAUAUGGUUGAAGUGGUGAAUCCAAAUUAUGUUUAUGAGCCAGUCAGGGUAGAAAUUAAUUCUAAAGGAAAAUUCCGAGCACGAAAAGUAAAUUUGAUACAAACAUCACAAGUUAUUCAAGUACCUUAUCCCUUAAAAAUGAGGCCUUUAGCACCAUUUCGAUAUUUCCAAGUUAGGGAGCAAUGGCGGAUGACUGACUUUUUAUUCAAUCCUAUGGUUCUAAUGAUGGUUCUACCACUUGUACUAAUUAUGAUUCUACCGAAAAUAAUGAAUGAUCCUGAAACUAGAAAGGAAAUGGAGCAAUUAAAUAAUUUGACUAUUUAUAAUAUGCCAGAAAUGUCUGAAGUAAUAACAUCUUUUCUUUCGGGAGGAGAAAAACAAAAAUCAAAGGCAGUAAAACCUGCGAAGAAAAGGCAAUAAUUAUAUUGUUUAUAGAUAAUUAUAUGUAUGUGUUUACUUUAAUCUUUAAAAUAUCUUUGAAAAGAGAUGUUGACAUUUUAUAUAAGACAUAAGACAUUAUCUGAAAAACUGAGAAAUGUUAUAAAUAUAUGGAGUCUUAUAGGACUGCAGCAAUUAAUAUGAUCUAAGUAUUGCUGUUUCAAUAGUUAAAAAUUACUUAAUAUGCCAGUGGUUGGUUGUAUUUUAAUAAUUAGAGUGAUAAUUUUGUGUUUCUUAAUAUCCACAGUUUAUAUCUAUGUAAAUAGGAAACUUAAUAAAUGUUACACUACUA